AGGAGACAAACCCGAGCGAUCGAUUCACGAGGGAGACGACGCGAGGGUGCGAGGGUUUAAUCGAUUCCAGAGAGAAGACGCGGCGAGGGUUUAGGGCAUCGAUCGGAGAUGCCGAAUCCGUUCGAUCUACUGAGCCUCGCGGAGGGGGAGUACGGCGAGGCUGCCGUGGCCAUCGUCGUCGGCGCCGCCAACCCCGACCUCAACCCCAGCCCCAGCUGCAAAAACGGCAAGGAGCUGAGUAAGGGCCAAGAGAAUGUCAGAGCUGGUCACAGUUAUAAUUAUGAGCACUACAACCGCUGCUGCUCCAACUACAGUGGUGGCUAUGGUUACCAUAAUAAAAAUUAUAAUGCAACUGGUUACUACAAUGGUGGAUAUCAGCGUAUGCACCAGGGGAACGACCAGUACCAACGUAACAGGAACUAUUACAAUGAUGGUGGAUACGGUCAGUAUCAAGUAGAGAAUUACUCUGAUGGUCACAACAAGAAGAAGAAUUUUCAGUACAUGCCUAAGGAGAAGCAUGUCUCUGGAACUUCUUCUACUUGUUCUGCUGAAAACAAGACUGAAGAGAAGUUGGUUGAAUUAGGGUCAAAAGAAUGUACGAGAGAUGUUGCGAAGGAUGAUUCGAAGAAGGAAGGAGGUGACCCUGAAAAGAAGGAAAAGGGUAAUAGGAAGUGUGUAAGCGGAUCACUUAAGAAGAAGUUGAGGAAGAAACGUGAUGUUAAGGGGAAGACUGGGAAAGGACCAGAGAUAGCCGAGGUCUUCAAGGAUGAAGAAAAAACGGAAAUAACCCUAGAAGAAUAUGAGAAAAUGCGUGAAGAGAAAAGAAAAACUUUGGAUGCCUCAAAGUCCGAGGGAAGGAAGGUUACUUCGGAAGUGUUCGAGGGUAUGCAACUUUUAGAGAAAAAGAAUCUUGAAGAUGGAAAUGCUGCCAAGAAGGCCGAAAAUAAGCAGCGCAAGGAGGGUGGUGUAAAGCAAGCCAAAACUCCCAAGGCUAUAAACCUCAAUGACUUUAUAAAGCCGACUGAUGGGCAAGCGUACUACCCACGUCCUAGGCGUGUGCAGGAAAACUUUUCACAACAGUACUGCAGUGGUGGUUUUAGGCAAAAUAGUCGUGACAACAGUAGUGAGCCACAGAGAGACAAUGGUGACCGUGGUGGCAAUAGUAGAGGCAACAGUGGCUACCAAGUUGGAUAUCAACAGGGUGGGUUCAACGGUAAUGUUAGAUUCCACCAAAACCGUGAGGUUUGCUACGGCAAUGGUGGGUACCAGCGGGACCAAGCCUAUCCACGUAGCAAUGGCGGUAACCAUCAAGGCAGAGGCUAUUCUAGCAACAAUGGCUAUUCUAUCAAUGGUGGCAAUCGACGUGGUGGUCACCAAGGCAACAACGACGACAUGAACCAGAGUAACUCGGUUCUCUCGGCAGCUAACUUACCUGCGCUGACAGGUUCAUCCCCUGCAUCAGCAGGAACGACGGAGAAGGUGCAGCCAGCUCCAGCCCAAGCUCAAGCUCAAACCCAGGCAUGUCUUGCUUCAGGUGCAAAAACCAAGGCUGCCUCUCAAGUCCAGACUAAGGCUCAGACCUAGACUUACUUUACUAUUUGUGAGUAUUUUUGGAGAGUAGAUGAUUAGGAGAAAAGAGUUUUUGAGGCCAUCGGAGUUCGUCCAAUCUUGUACUAGAUUUUGUUUUUUUUGGUUUGUGUUAUUAUGCUACAAAUAUCUAUUUAAUUCUUUAAAGUAUACUA